AUGGAAGCCGAAGAAGAGGCCGAGCGAGACCGGCUACGCAAAGCCGCCGAGCAAGCGGCGGUCCAAGAGCGGAUUCGCGCAGAAGAGAUGAAGUGGAAGGCGUGGGAGGAAGCGGAGGCGAUCAAAGAAGCGGAGGCGCUCGCGGCGCGGCGCGCGCUACUCGCCGCGCAAUACGAGGAGGACAAGGUGCGGCGCAUGGACCUCCACCGCCUCCGAAAAGAGAAAGAAAGCCGAUUGAAGAAGAUGACCGAGCCCGAGACAACCGUGUCGCCCGUCACGGACCCAGCCAACAAAGGUAUUCCCAAGGUCGGCUCGUUUGUCGUGAAGCCAGCUCCUGACACCAUGGAGUGGCGCGACGUGGCGGCGCUAAGCAAGGACCAGCUGCGCGACGAGUUGACGACGUGCGCGCAGCUCAAAAAGUCUCUCAAGCAAGAGAUCGUCGCGUGGUGCGACUCGUUUCAGGCCAAGAUGCACCGACCGCCGUCACUGGAGGAGAAGCAGGAAAUCCAGCCGCUCUAUAAACGCUACAGCGAAGUCGAGAGCCAUUUCCGCGCGGUCAAGGCGCGUCUCGACGGCGACGCCAAGCUCGUACCCGUGGCCGAAGCGCCGCCCGUGAAAAGCUCGAGCCCGACCAAACUGCCACCAACCAACGAUGCCCCGAGCCUGCAAGUCAUUCUGACGAAUCGCAAGCGUGAAGUCAAAAAGGCCAUCCAAGACUGGACAUCGGCGUUUCAAGCCGCCCACGGCCACCUCCCAAGUGUCCAGGACAAGAAAGAAAUCUUGUCCUUGUACGAAGACUACGCCAAGAUUGACGCGCAGCUCAAAAACCUCAAGUACAGUCAAAGUAUAUUUAUGCAGAAGGACUCAUGGAGGGACUAG